CUCUCUAUAUAUAUAUAUAUAUAUCAUCUGUCUUCCCUUUUUGGAUUUCUCUCUCCUUCCUCUCACCUCUUUGCCUUGUCCAUUGUAACCAAGCUGUUCCUGCACUUUUCUUGUUCUUUGACACUCACACUUUCUCCGUCCCUCUGGACUGUCCUAAGCCUUGCUCAUGGCAGCUGUCUCUCUAAAGCCAUGGCCUGAGCUCCUGGGCAGAAAAACAAAAAAAAAGAGAGAGAAUGAGAGAGGGGUUGAUCUGGUCUCUAAUCCACCUUCUCUUACAGCGUAGGAGGGAAGCUGCAGUCCUCAACAUCACCUCAGAGAGAAGCGACUCUUUGAGUGUGACUACCUGAACCCUCUUGUGUCCUUAUGACUAAUCUGGGAUGUUGUCUCAAAUGGUGUAGAAAAUGUGGCUCCUAAUAUCACAGAUCAGUCAAACUGUCAUUCUUGGGCGCACUAUGUUGUUGUCAGAGAUUUCAUGCUUUCAAAUAUGCCAAACUUCUAAGCAGGGGAUUUUUUUGUUCUGAGGCUCAGAGAUGGUCGAUUGGCACAAAGUUCAUAGCAUCAUUUAGUUAUGUGCAUUCAGAAUCAAAACCAACAUAUCAUAUCAUACAAUAUCAGUCUUCAUUGGUCCUAGCUGUUACAAAACAGGCAGCCAUCCUUUGUUUUCUGCUCCAGCAUAUAUAAUAACUCCUUAGUCUGUGGUGUAUAGCUCCUCAAAGCACCUCUCCACCUUGACUAACUUUUCCAAGCGCUCAUUAGCGGACUGGCUGAAGUUUGGAGGGUAUAAAGCAGGCUGGCAGAUUACCCCCUGUAAAGUAGCACACCUCAGGUAAUCACACUAAUGAAUUCAAGCACCCCCACUCACCCACCUUAUUCCUUUCUCCUUUUACUUUCUCCCUUCCUUCCACAGUGGCGGGUCGGUGCAAGAAGUGCCAAACAACAAAGAAAUGUUUGUUUGCAUAAUAUUAGCACUGCACGCUCGCACACAGUGGCGGGGGCCUGACUGCAGGACUGACUGGAGGCUUCCCAUGAACACAGGUGGAGCAGGGCGAGCAUCACUGGGACCAAUUAGAGCAGAGCACAGAAAGUGAGCGAGAAAGUUGGAGGUGCAGAAGGAACGAAGCUCGAUGAGGACUUCACUGAAAUGGAAAAGAAGAUGGACACCACCGCUCGGGCAGUGCUGGACAUCAUGACCAAGACGACUGAGUAUCUGCAGCCAAACCCAGCCACCAGAGCUAAGAUGAGCAUGAUGAACUCCAUGUCACGUAUGCGGGGGCAGGAGAAGGGACCGGGCUACACACAGACCGAGACCAUCCUGGGAGAGUCCAUGCAGAGGUUUGGCAGGGAGCUCGGAGAGGAUUCUAACUUCGGCCUUGCUCUGAUUGAUGUUGGGGAAGCCAUGCAUGAGCUUGGAGAGGUUAAGGACGCUCUGGACAUGGAGGUAAAGCAGAACUUCAUCGAUCCACUGCAGAACCUCCAUGAAAAAGAUCUGAAGGAGAUUCAGCAUCACCUGAAGAAAAUGGAGGGUCGCCGUCUGGACUUUGAUUAUAAAAAGAAACGCCAGAGCAAAGUGACAGACGACGAGCUCAAACAAGCCUUAGAGAAAUUCGAUGACUCCAAGGAGAUUGCUGAGCAGAGCAUGUUCAACCUGUUGGAGAGUGAUAUUGAACAGGUGAGCCAGCUCGCUGCACUGGUACAUGCUCAGGUGGAGUACCACAGCAGGGCUGCUGAGAUCCUCACACAGCUCUCCAGUAAGAUCGACGAACGGAUAAGGGAUACUUCUAACAAACCGAGGAAAGAGUACACUCCUAAACCACGUACCUCUCUGGACUUCUCCAUCAGUGAGAACCACAAUGGAGGCAUCCACAGUGCCCGCUCUCCAGCCAGGUCUCCAGCCCCUAUGGACCAGCCCUGCUGUCGUGCACUCUACGAUUUUGACCCCGAGAAUGAAGGUGAGCUAGGCUUCAAGGAAGGCGAUAUCAUCACCCUGACCAAUAAGAUCGAUGACAACUGGUACGAGGGGAUGCUGCACGGCAACUCCGGCUUCUUCCCCAUCAACUAUGUGGAUAUCCUGGUGCCGCUGCCCCACUAGGACGUCACCACUACCAGCUGUGUCUGCAACGGUGGCGAAACAAAUCCUAGCCUCCAGUUCCUCCCACCAGUAUUCCCGGUAACCUUUUUCCUAAACAUUCCUACCAACCACCUGUACUCCGCUUUAAAGGAGUCGAAACAGCAACAACACAAUAACGAACGAAGAUACGAACAAAGAUUGACGACAAAUUAAAGCAAGUAUGCACCAAUUGCUCGUAAAAACUUUUAAAAGAGGAAAAUCUGCAUUGAUGUCGUUGCUUCCCCUUAUCCCAGGAGGUACCUUCAGGCUUUCAUCCAUUUCUGUUCUGGCUUUUGUCUCAGUUUAUGUUGGCUGUCAGUCCGUCAUGAGUUUAUCAGAACAGCUUUGCAAAAUCACACUUCUCUCUCAUUCACUGUACUUUGUGGAAACCUCUACGGUAGAUAAAAACUUUUCUGUCACAUACUAGGAAAAAAAAAAAUCAGUCCACGUGAUUCACGUUUGUUAGCGACUCUAGGUCAAGCAUGUUUCAAGUGUUUAACGUUUUUAUCUUAUAAAAGAAAUAUGUUGAGCUGAUUUUAGUUGUGUGUUUUUUUUUUUUUUGGUUUUUUUUUUAUAUUCUUCUUUUUAAUCAUCUCUUGGCAUGUUGGGAAGUUUCUGGAGUAAUCACUUCCCUGUCUUGCUCAAAAAGGAUGUAUUCAGCAGUUUUGACAAAAGACCAAUUCAUCUAGCUAAUAACUAACAACCAAGAUUACCUAUUACCAAGAAUAUUGUUAUUUUUUACAUAUCAACAUGCGCACAUGAUUGGUCAUAUGUGAUUCAGAUACCAAAAUUACCUGCAAAAACCUGAACAAACUCCUCCAAUUUUAGCUUUGAGAUUUCAUGACAGCAUGGUAUCAGUAAAUCUGUUCGAUGCAACAUGCUGAAGCUUGCAAUCUCUAGUUCUUUGGUAUUUUUAUCAGGAGGGCUGAAACUGUAUUUGUAAGUAUGUGUCAUUACAUAUCUGAGCCAGUGAUUAGUGGAGUGAUGACAUUAUUUGCAAAAAACACAAGUUGUAAAGUUUAAACUGUUUAAAGUGAUGUAAGAAAACUAUGGUGCAUAAGUAUAAAAUCCUCCACGUGUAUUUUAUCAGCAGCUUGUGUGAAAAAUGGUUAAUGUAUUGUGAUAUAAUAACUUAGAGGACUGAACUGCUCAUAGGGGCAACUGUUUGCUGCAGCUGAAGCCGUAUCUCUUCUUGCUGCACCCCUAACUAGUCCGAUUAGAAUUCUGUAGUUUAGCUGUCAAUAAGCCAUUGAUUAAGAGGAAACUAGACAUAGCUAGGAACGCACAAAUGGCUGAACGGAAUGAGAAAUCAUUUCUUUAUGUCUCGGCGGAAAUGUUUUAUUCAUUUGAAAUGAUGCAACUUAAACUUAAAAAAACUUUUCUCCAACAUAAUAUGGACUACAAGCCACUGGUUUGACCUUUUCAUGUCAUGUUAGACAUGAGAAAAAUUGCUAGGCUAUAAGAUUGUACAUUAGGUUUAAUUUUCCCUAAUGAGCUGUUGUAUGCAGUAUUGUGUGGGAUUUUCUGUCCCUGAUGUACUGAUACUCUAGAAAUCAAACCAACUUCAGUUAUUACCGAACAUGUUUUAGUCAGCUGAUCAGAUGCUGUACGUUCUCCCUGAGGUUUUACACUCUGCAAUGUCCAUGAUUAAACCCAUCUGCAGGAGAAUUGAAUAGCGGUAACAUUGUGUUGUUUUUUUUUUCCCCCACUCAUCUUGUAGUGGUGUUGUGCAUGUAUUUGGGGGAGGGGAGCGUAUUUGGGUUUGCUCACUGUACAUGUUAUGCACAGGGAUGGGGUUGCAGAGGACCUCUGAUGCUGAGGUAUUUAAAAUAUACUGUCUCUGACAGUGUUCAACAUUAAAACAAACAUGGAUGUCUCUUUUAAUUAAAGGACCAAUUCAUUAUAUUCAGUAGAAUUACACUAGAUGAUACAAAACCAACGGAUACCCCAUAUUAAGUGGUGUGUUUUUUGUUGUUGUUUUGUUUUACGGAAGCACAACUUUAACAGGCAGUAUACUUUGUUGGCUGGGGAAGAAUACAAUACAGUUUGAAGAUCAUGUAUUCAUGUUUUUUUUAAAGGCGAUACAAUUCCUUCCUUAUUUUUCUCUUUCACUUUUUUUGAACAAUCGUGUGUAUCUUUGCCCUCAAUGAGGACUGUACAGCUUUUCUGUGUUUUGUUUUCACCUUGUGUGUAUAGUCGCGCAUCAACAGUAACGUAUCUUAUUUUUGUAACUGUGACAAAAGUAUACACAUACAGUAUAGAUGUAUAUAUACAGUAUAUUAUCCAGAAGCAAUGUGAAAGGAGGGAUUCUCUGUGCUGCACAUGAUUGUCUUUGGAUUGUUUUUUUGUUUGUUUUCUGUUUUUGUUUUCUUUUAUUCUUGCACUGGAUUCUACGACUGUAUGCUUGAUGUAAAGAAAAAAAAAUGUGAUAAGUCAAUGUAAUUUAUUCAAAUAAAUAACAAGAAAUAGUUA